AACUUGGAGUCAUGAUAUUUUUGUCAAGUAAAAAUGCUAUAAAUUGGUUAAGUGAUUCUUCUGAUAAUCAUACUCUAGUUAUUGUGGACUUGCAUAAUGCAGGACAACUAAAACCAUUAAUAGCAGCAUAUAAUCAA